GAGUAUUGUUAACUUAGUGUAUUUUUUUCAAAUUUUUCUGAUUGUAAUUUCUUGAUUUUUGUUUCGGACGCGGAUGCGUCGUUAACGACUUCCUGUCUCCAGGAGUCAAAAAAAGUUGAUGGGUCUCCUGGAGCUGGUGGCCUCAAACAUUGUUUCGCGAAUCGUUUGUUUGGCUAGUGACUUUGUGCUGUUGGGGAUCUUCAACUUCAUCAAGAAGAAAAUUCAGCAAGUGAAAAAUGGCGUUCCUGAGACGGCUGGUUCUGGUGUUCGUCGGAGUUGCUGCUGUUGGGGCCAACUGUGGUCCAGAAGGCGGAUCGUUCCUGUGUCGGGACGUAUGCGGCGAGGAGGUGAGGGGCGCCGCGUGACGUUUGUCGGGGCGACGCUGUUCCUGGACUGUGUCCGGCAAGCAGACUUGAAGGAGGUGAAGCUGUUGUCGCCGAUGGUCUGCGUUGGGCGUCGGGCCGACAUGGAUCGUGUCGUGACGCCUUGGAGGUGGUGCAAGGAAGUCGUGCCACCCAAGCCGGAGAUCUCGACGGCGGCAGUUCCGCCGGUGGUUGAUGAGCCUCGCCCAGUGGCGCCGAUGGCCAACCUGGCGGUCGUCCAUGUUCCAGCGAGCAAAACGCCGUUUGUGGUUCGGGCGCCGCCCUUGACGCAACAAAGCGUUGUAGUGGCCCAAGAGGCGCCAAACAUCAUCAGGGCACCGUCGUCGACGCCAGAAGUGACGGUCAACAUCAAGCAUGGUGUUGUGCACGUCAAGGCGGACGUGGACCCUUGGACAGCAAUGGUCCUGGUCUUUAUGGGCCUUGGAGGAGCUGGAGCCACGUCUCUGGCUGUCUUCUUGGUUUGGCUGGUCAAGUUCAUCAGGAACAAGUCAUCGUACAUGCGGGAGUUGGUGCGGAUGCUGACGCCGGAGGAUCAGCCGGAUCCGGAAGCCCAACCAGUGGUGGAUCUGCUGGGGCUGGAAGAGGCGGAUAAACCCAUCGCAGAAGAAAAAGAGGAAGAGUUGCCGAAUUCCUUUUCAGAAAGUGAUCAGCAAAUGGACAAGAUUCCUGUGGAGGAGUCCAUCUCUAAUCUAGGGAGCCAUAAAGGCUUUAUGGAAAUGGCAAUUGUUAUUGCUAUCCAUCAGGAGGAAUCAGGCAUGGAUCCGACAGAUGUUCGGAUCAAGAAGAAUGAAAAUAUCUUCUUCAGUUGGCAUCAAGGGCCAUUCGUUAACGGAUGA